GCAAUUGGUCUGCAAUGUUUGUUAAAAUUGUAUAAAACUCGAUGUAAAAACAAUACGAAGUAUUUUUUGUCUGUGCGGCACCCUUGAUUAUAAACAACUGCAUCUGCUUUAGAUAAGAGAAUCGAGAAACAUACAUAGGCAUGCGCGCCUUCUCUGUGCUUAUGUUUGUGUAAAACGCAGUUGUGUAACGCAGAGCAAAGACAAAAUUCACAGUCGAAAAGAGUAGGCUUCGGCAUCGUUAGGGGCACGGAUAGUUUUAAAAAAACAACAACAUCACGUGCCACCGUCAAACACAUUUGAAGAGCACCCCCCACACUGGAGCCGUGUAGCAGCCGGAAAGUACGCUCGUUAAAGCAGUGUCUUUCUCAUUUCAGUUUCGGCUCUCUGACUUUUAGUUCAGGGACACGGGUAAUGCAUUGAUUGACGCUGGGAAACGUGAGCAGCGGCAGAUUUUCACUUUCAAUUGGCAGUGUGCACACAACGCUCUUGUUAGAGGCGCCUGUCAUGGUCGUAGCAGCCUCUUCUUGCCGCACGGAGACGGUUUUCGAUUAUAGCUGGAGGCAAGUGGUUGUUGCGUAUUGGAAUCGCUACCCAAAUCCAUCCAGCACGCACGUACUCACUGAAGACACCAUCAAGCGAGAGGUGCGAGAUGGUAAAUUAUACUCGCGCCGGCUGCUGUCGAAAACAAACCCAGUGCCCAAAUGGGGCUCCCGUUUUUAUAACAAUGUACCUGUAAGGAUCAUUGAGGACUCAGUGCUGGAUCCUGUUAAGAAGACACUGACCACAUUCACUCGAAAUAUUGGAAUGAAGAAGAUAAUGAAAGUUGACGAGAUCGUCGUCUACAGCGAACAAAAAGACGGCCGCACUCUGGCAGUGCGUCGUGCCUAUAUAAGCUCACAGGUGUUUGGCUUCUCACGUGCUAUACGCGCCUUCGGCAUUGAGCGUUUUAAAGUUAAUAGCAACAAAGCGUCGAAUGGUUUUAAUUAUGUCUUACGCAAGAUGUUUCCCCAUCACCAAAUGGCGUUGACGACGGCAGUUGCUUUGGCGCCAGGAACAGCAGCGGGUACUCAACAGGGCACGGCAGCGCUUACGCAAUUUGGAGAGGGGGUGACUGCGACAACGGCCGGUAAUCACAACGGUAACAAAACAGAGACAAUGAAGAACGCAGCGAAAAUUGGAUACGAUUUUCUAAAAUGUCAUGCCACCAAGAUAGCGCAGUUGUUCUCUGUAAGAAAUUGAGCUCCAUAGUCGAACAUUGAAAGGACGUGUCUCAAUUAUGAAUAAAGAAGGCGCUAAAUUUGAUUGUUGGAGGCUUGCACCGGGCCAGCAAGCGGACUAAUAUGUAUUCCAA